AUAUAGUCCGCAAUUCCAAAAGGAAUAUGUCUUUAGAUGUUAAUAUAAGUGAACCAGAUGAAUUUAAUUGUACUGAACUUCACAGUUGCAUAGAAAAUGUAGCUAAAUUAAAUAACAUAAACGAUUUCACAUAUCAUGUCGAAUUCGCGUGUGGUAAAGGUGAAAAUUUUAUAGCAAACGUGUUCAGAGUUGAAAUUAAAGAUACGUUAGAUUGUGAUCGUAAAAUUAGCGUUAUUAUAAAGACAUUAGUGAAUACAACUAGACAAGAGUUAUUUAGACAACUACAUAAAAGAGAAGUUAAAGCUUAUGAAGAGGUGUUAUCAAAAUUUGAAAUUCUACAAAGCAAGUUAGAUGUUACUAACAGAAUUGUACUACCUGGUUGUAUCUUAUCUGAUAUGAAGAGAGGCAAUGAAGUACUUAUUCUAGAAGAUUUAGUUUCAAAAGGAUAUGAAUAUGAAACCAAAGUUAAUAAACUAAAGAAUCUAGAAUAUGAACAAGUUUGUUUAGUAUUGAGAAAUCUAGCAAAAUUCCACGCUCUCUCAAUUGUAUUUGAAUUGAACGAUAAAGAAAACUUUAUUAAACUAAAAUGUGAAUUUAAAGAUGUUCUUUAUCAAGAAACAUUUCUUGAUAAAAGUAAACUAAGAAAUUAUUAUACGAAUUGUUACGAAGAUUCUAUACAACUAUUAGAUGAUUUGGAAGCAAGAACGAAAUUGCAAUAUGUAGAAACAAAAUUAAUGCAACUUUUAAGAUAUUAUACAUCUCCACGAACAUUCAAUGUACUCUGUCAUGGAGAUUGUUGGAUAAAUAAUUUCUUAUUCAAACAAAAGGAUAACAUCACAACGGAUCUAUGUUUUUUGGAUUUCCAAGCCAUGAGAUAUUCUAAUCCCGCUACAGAUCUUGUUUAUUUUCUUUUUUUAUCAACUGACUCUACAUUCCGAUGUAAAUAUAUGAAAGAUAUUUUAUCUGUUUAUUACGAGAGCUUUACGACAUUUUUAAAACUAUACGAUAUAGAUUCGAAUUCAGUUUAUACUAAGGAUUCAUUUGAAGUGGAUGUACAAGAAAUGUUGCCUUUCGGAGUACUUAUUACUCUGAUAGAAUUAAGAAUAGUAACAACGUUUGAAGAUAAAGAAAUAAGUGAAUCUACAUUACACCUUGAUCAAUGCAUAUCAAAUGAAAGCAAUGAAGAAAUGUUAUUAAAAAUAAGACUGGAUGAUGUCGUUAAAGAAUCUGUGCUAAAUGGUACAUUGGAUAGAUUAUGUGAACAAAUGAAAUUGCUCAACUAAAGGAUCCUAAAUUAAAAAAAAUUAAUUACUAUUAUUUUACUUGUAUUUAUUUAAUAAAAUCAAAGAACAUCAGAAGAAUUGAAGAAUUAUCAACCAUAAUGCUUUGUAUUUAAGUCUCUUUUGGCAAUACUUAGAUAUUAUGACCAAUUUGUCACUUUGCCGAUUACAUCUCAUAUCCCACGUUCUUAAGGGGUAGGAACAUCGUGAUGCAACCUGUACAUAUCAGCGAAGAAUUUCAAAGAUGCGUGUGAAGUCAACCUGCACUGGGCCAACGUUGAUAAUAGCCUUGUCACCUAACUUAGGGUAAGCAGAGCUCCUCAUUGGGGACGUAAGUUGUUGAUAAUGAUUUCAUAUUGUUAUUUAUCAUCAGCUCGCUGUACGGCCCCACCGUGAGGC